AAGCAAAAAAAAUGGAGCAAACUUUCAUCAUGAUCAAGCCUGACGGCGUCCAGAGAGGACUCAUCGGUGAAGUCAUCUCCAGGUUUGAGAAGAAGGGUUUCACUUUGAAGGGUCUGAAGUUGAUCAGUGUAGAGCGAUCUUUUGCUGAGAAGCACUACGAGGACUUGUCUUCAAAGCCUUUCUUCAGUGGACUUGUUGAUUACAUUGUGUCUGGCCCUGUUGUUGCUAUGAUCUGGGAAGGAAAGAAUGUUGUGUUGACGGGAAGGAAGAUUAUCGGAGCUACCAACCCCGCAAACUCUGAGCCUGGAACUAUCCGUGGGGACUUUGCUAUUGACAUUGGCAGGAACGUGAUCCACGGGAGUGACGCUGUCGAGAGUGCGAGAAAGGAGAUUGCUUUGUGGUUCCCUGAUGGACCUGUCAACUGGCAGAGCAGUGUUCACCCUUGGAUCUAUGAAUGAUCUUGAUGAUCUGUUGCUAUUUUCAAUAGUGUGUGUUUCGACCAUUUUCGACUUUGCUUGCUUUUGAUCAAGACUUCUAUAUUUUAAGUUGAAUUUUCUCCUUCUCUACAUUGCGUAUUUGCUACAUAUGAAUACAACAACUACACAACA